AUGGCAGAAAUAACUCGAGACCGCGCUCGAGAGAUUAUCUCCGAAAUUAAUUCUCAAUCCGGUGGCUUUUUGGGUGAUAAUCCGCGAGAAAAGGCACUCGGCGAUGUCCUAGGCGCCCAUGUGCUGGGGGCAGCAGCCAAAGCGCGCACCAGCGACACACGGUUUUUUUACGAACUUAUCCAAAAUGCUGACGACUGCUCAUAUGACUGGGCAAAUUCCCAAAAGGAAACUCCUUCCCUGAGGUUUGAUUUCGAACCGGGUCGCAUUCUCGUCCAAUCUAACGAGGAUGGGUUCGAAGAAAGCCAUGUGCGAGCGUUAUGCAGCGCAGGAAAGAGGACUAAGACAGAGCAGAUCGGUGAGAAAGGCAUCGGUUUCAAGUCGUUGUUCCACGUUGCCUGGAAAGUCCAGAUCCAGUCUGGUCCUUUUUGUUUCUCGCUGCAGCACCGAGAGGGACAGAAUGGCCUGGGGAUGAUAUCCCCCAUCAACGAGGAACACGAGUUGCUUCCUGGUCCUGUACGGACACAGAUCACUCUCUUUCUUAUUGACUCAGAGCAGUAUCAGACCCUCGGUGACAAGUUUCUGGACUUCCCAACCACCAUGACUGCAUUUUUGCGUAAAGUCACAACGGUGACUGUCGGGCACCGGGGUACACGGUCCACGUUUUCAAGGGUAUCUACAAUCGACAAGCUUUCUGUCAAGUUGGAGCAAGGGUCCGAAACGUUGAGAAGUGAAGAAUUUUUUCUCUUCAAAAAGGAAGUUCCUAUUCUACCAGUCCGAGAAAGUCGUCGCUUGGCUGAUUCGGCCGAAAUGACACUGGCAUUCCCACUCUCUAGCAGGUUACCACCUGCAGUCCCUUUCGUGAAUGCAUAUCUUCCUCUUGCUGAAGCUGGAAAAGGGUUAAAAUUUCUUAUGCAAUCCGACUUUGUUGUGCAGGAUAACAGAGAGGACCUGGCGGAUUCCCGUUGGAACGACUACCUACUGGGCGAACUUCCUCAAGUGUUUUAUGCUGCACUUAGAACAUUGUCUUCCAUGCAGCAAUUUGAAUAUUCAUGGCCUCAAUUCCUUCCUGCUGACGAGCUCAAACACCCUCAGUGGGCUCGGUUCCACGAGAGCGUCAAGAAAGACUUGAAACAUCUGCGUAUCUUCAAGACUGUGAAAACCACACUGAAGACUUUAGAAGAAGUUCGAUUCUUGCUGCCAGAACACUGCGACUCCAAAGGAGAUCCUUUGUUCAGCGACUCAGAAGAUAACACUUACCUCUCUACUCAGUACAGCGAAUACUAUGAGGUCCUCAAGGCAUUCGGCCUUUUACCUAUUUCAUCGCAUCAGUUACUUCACCGAUUGCGCCUCCAUCUCGCUGGCAUACCGUUUGGCAAGGCAAUAUCUGGACAGCACUUUGGCGAUAACUGGUACAUUAGAGUGGCUUCCCUUGUAAUCUCAUGGAUAGACUCUCCUCUCGACAGUUUCGCAAAAGAGGUGGAAGCACUUCGCCUUGUUCCCGUAUAUCAGAAAUCACUUUUCGAACCUACGAAGACGCUGGAACUAUUGAAAAGCCCAAAGAAAACUGACAUCUACUUUCCUCACGACACUUGUAGGAACUUGAUUCCAGAUUCAAUUCUCGACACGGUGUCGGUGUCCAAUGCAGCGAACGGUAUACAGAAACAGCUGUUCACACGACUAGGCGUCAAGUGUGCAAGGCAGUCCUUUGUUAUCCAGCGCAUCUAUGCAUUGAACGAGAGUUUCUUCGGUCCUGGGGUUUCCCAGUCUGUACAAAAUCUUCGAUACAUGUUUUUCGCCACUUCUGACGGGAGCGUAAUCGACACUGAACGCAUCUUCCUCUACGAUGACGCUGGGAAGGCCCUGGUGAAGCCGUCGUCGCAUAAUCCCACCGACAUAUACUUCAAAACCGCUGAUCUAUACGACAUGAGCGGAAUCCAUCGCCUAAUCCAGCUGUACAACACGACAGCCCAUCGGCUUCCGUCUCUCCGAGUUUGCUUCCUACACCCUAAUUAUACCACUGAUUUCCAAUCUGAUACCGCGUGGACAAGCUGGCUCGAGCAGACAUGUUCAAUCCGAAGGGCCCCAAGGCUAGAAACAUCCGAUUUACCAGGCCAGCCUUCUGAUAUACUUCGCCAUAUUGUGGAAUGUGUCCCUGAGAACUUAAUCGGCGUCUUGAUCAUGCAUUGGGAUACGUACGAGAAGGAGUUAGCCAACGCAUCCCCGGCCACCAUAUCAUACAUAAAGGCCUCCGUUGUUCCUACUGAGUGUGGCAAGAUGCCUCUCGAGAAGUCCUUCUUGGGACGGCCAGGUAUGACGGAGAUGUGGUCCGACGCCUAUUUGAAGGACAAGUUCCCGUUUCUUUCAAUUCCGCCCACGUUGCCAAAAGAUAACAGAGCCAGCUGGAAGUUCCUCUCUCGAUUCGGAGUUACCACAACUUUGACGGCCGAGUAUCUGUUAGAAAGUCUGUCCAGGUUGUCCCAAGUAUCUCCUAGAGAACAUGCUAAGAGUGGCUUCUUCAAAUUAUAUGACAUACUGGCCGACGAUCUGUUUCCGGAAUUAUGGGAUCGUGUAUCACGCCUCGACCUGGUCUACAUUCCCAAGCCGGGUGGUCACGAUAAACUUGUUAGGAUUACGGAUUGUAUUUGGGAUGGACCGAAAUGGUCCACGAAUGACUACUUCCAGUGCGGCGAGUAUAUCCACAUCCCAGACGAAGAUACGUGGUGUGCACCAGACGAAUGCGUGUGGAGCGCCUCCCCGUUCAAAAAAUGGCAAUAUGGAAUACGCCAUAUCUAUUCAGGUUUAGAGACGCUGUUUUUGUAUAGGCUGGGUAUAUAUUCGCCCUAUUUACUGGAUUACAUUGAUGAGAUCACGUCGGCAGCGAGUGGGGAUAAAACCACUGGCCAGAUCUCCGUGCUUAUCCAAGAGCUUAGCGGUUUUAAUCCCACAGCCAAAGACCUUGAGCGUCUGCAGCUCGUCAAAUUCUUGCCUGUUAGGCACGGCGAUACGGGUAUUACUUACAUCUCUGUUGAUGAACCGUUCCUAAUUGCCGAUGAUGAGCGCUUCGAAAUCGAUUCUCAAGUCCCAGUGCUUGAUAUGACACCGCUGGAGAUUUGUCGUUCACGAGCAUUCAUUGCAGCGAUGGGGCUUGAAAGUCGGUAUGUGUCCCGACAGAUCACAGAGUUGACGUUCCCCGUGGACGACGCGGAGGAAUCCGCAGAUCUCACGCAUACGUUGCGGGAGAAGGCCGGAUUCUUAUACCGUUGCACAAUACACUACGGUAGCCCUAAGGAGAGAGCGGAGCAGCUUUUCUCUGAGGCCACCGUGUAUACCGCGACGGGCUUUCGGCGACACUUCAGCCUUGACGAUAAUCUAUCCGCAGAAGUGAGACAUGAGGGCCGAGUUCAUGUCAGUCUACCUUACCGCUGGCUCCGAAUAUACGUUCCAAGAGAUCCCAAGCAGCGAGCCAUCUGUUAUGCAGCAGAGUUACCUCGAGCAUUAGUACGCCUUCUCGAGAUAUGUGACAGAGCGGCAUGCGAUGCCUUUGCUACGGUUCUCCGUGAGCCUGUUGAUAUCCUGGAUAACAUUCUCACGGAGAAGGGCGUGAUCCAACUGUCUACGACGCAGCCAAAACAUGAAGGACUAGCACUACCAUUUCGUUUCGGAGAAGAGGUAGGAUUCGGGAAACAGCUCGCAAAUUCUGCCUCCAGCUCAGGCUGUGUGAAGUUGACUCGGAAAUAUAGCCCAAUAAGGCUAAAUGCGACUAGGGGGUACCUCGAAAAACAGGACAGCCCGUCGUUACAUCUGACGACCCUGACGCGGAAGUAUAGCACCGCUGCAGAUGCUGAAAACCUAGACACUACGAGCCUCAAGUUUGGAUGUCUGCUUUUAAACGAGAAUCGAGACGGUGCAGCCAUUGACGUCGCGAUGGAUCUGGCAGCGCAGAGCUUCGAGCCAAGUUGGAUGGGCCUCUUACUUGGUCGUUCCGAGAUCAAUGACCACAUCACAAUACCACACUCCGCUUUUGAGGUUGCUGUACGAAAUGAAGUGUGUGGGCACGAUAUCACAAAGCGCAUACUUGAGUACGUCCGUUUCUCAGGACAAGCCUUUGUUAUCACAGACACACUGCUGGAAGCGGCAGCAAAGAACGAAGGAUGUGGUCUACAAAUAAUGCCUAUUCUACUUGAAUAUGCCAAAGACCACAACAGCGAUGUGACAAUAAUCACAGAAGCUGUGUUGAAAGCCGCAGUCGAGGACACUGAAUCUGGCGAUUCUCUGGUUUCCCUCCUUGAGCAGCAAAAUACCAAUGUCGCUAUUACGGAAGACGUUGUCAUCGCAGCCGCAGAGAACGAAUACCACGGGUACCAAAUGAUGGAGCAACUGUUGAAAUAUGAUAGCCAUAUCCCAGUUUCGCCAGCUGUUCUUGCAGCGGCUGCAGGAAAUAUGCAACAAGCUCUAGACAUCACAAAGCUUCUACUCAAGCAUAUUGGGGACAGCACUCCAAUCACAGAGGGUGUCAUUAUAUCAGCCAUCCAUAAUUAUAUAGACGGUUCAGAUAUGUUGAAUCUUUUCAGGCAGCACCAGGGUGAUUGCCUCAACGUCACAGAAAACAUCUUAAUCGCAGCAAUAGAAAGCGAUGACUGCCAUGAGAUUCUGAAGCUCCUUGACUUAUACCAAGACCCUCCGAUUACCACCGCGGUCAUUGAAGCGGGAGCAAGAAACGGGGACUGCGAAGAAGAAGUUCUGGAUUGCAUACUUGCCCUCAAAGGCUCAGAUAUCCAGGUCACCGAAGAAGCUAUGCUCGGUGCUAUUUAUGACUCGAAAAAGGUUGAACUUCUAGUCAAAUACCAGGGUCGCCUGACUGAAGGUGUCCUAAUAUCGGCAGCAAGUGACGUCGACAGGCCUCUGACCCGGGCCAUGCUUGAUCUCGUCCUUGCUCAUAGCGUCCGCAUUACAGAAUCAGUCCUGGUAGCCGCUGCUGGAAACCCAGGACAUGGUAUAACUGUGGUUCCAUUGCUGCUUGAGUGUGACAAGGAGAUCCGCAUCUCCGAAACUAUCAUUCAUGCAGCUGUCACAAAUCCUGGCUCAUAUGCAGAUGGCGUUUUACAGGUACUCUGGGACCGGCAGCCUGAUGUUUAUAUCACCGAGGAAACUAUUAUAGCUGCUGCAUCGACGGAUACUUCUUCGGUUCUGAGGCUGCUUGAGUUGAUCAAUAAGUCUCCUCCUAUAUCUCCGGUCCAUAUUGGAGAGCAUCUCCUGAAAGCUCUAUCAGGAAAUAGGACAUGCGGAGCGAAAGCCCUGCGUCUUCUACUCAAUGAUCAAACUAGAAAGAAAGAGCCCAUCCCAGUUACUAAACAGGCGCUCAUUAACGCAGCUGGAAACAGCGGCUGCGGCUUCGAAGUCAUGUUGCUAUUCCUGAAUCAUGGAAUACGGCUUUUUGAAAACCAGAUGGCAGAGGAAGUCUUGAUAUCAGCAGCUGGUAAUUCAUUAUGGGGACUCGAGAUCCUGGCCCUUCUUGUUGAUCGGAACUAUUCUUUCGGGCACUCAAUAAAGGCCAUCAAUGCGGCCGAGGAGAACAUCUGGGCUGGCGAGGAGUUUCUGGCGUUUCUGGCGAGAUAUAUGCGUCCGGAUGAUUGUGCUGGUGGCUGCUAUCCUUCCGAUGAGGGCUCAACGUUCUCUGGGGAUACUGAGGUAGAGGGCCCGGACGUCCCAGAGAAUACGGAUAGCUCGGAAGACGGGUCUGAGGAAGUGUAUGAGACUGCGGAUGAUGAAUAA